AUGCGUCCAGAAAUUGAACAAGAACUUUCACAUACUUUAUUAACAGAAUUAUUGGCUUAUCAAUUCGCUUCUCCUGUUAGAUGGAUUGAAACUCAAGAUGUAUUCUUAAAGGAUUUCAAAACUGAAAGAGUGGUUGAAAUUGGUCCUUCACCUACAUUAGCUGGUAUGGCUUCAAGAACCAUCAAAGCUAAGUAUGAAUCUUUCGAUGCUGCUUUAUCUUUACAACGUCAAGUUUUAUGUUAUUCAAAAGAUGCCAAUCAAAUUUAUUAUACUCCUGAUCCUGCUGAUUUAGAAGUUCUGAAAACCAGUAUUACUAAAUCUCUUGAAAAGGAAAAAUCAGCUUCAGCUCCAGCUCCAGCUGCUGCUGCUGCUAGUGAACCAGCUGCCCCAGCUCCAGCUCCAGUCGCUGCUGCUGCUCCUGUUGCUGCUCCUUCAGGACCUGUUGCUGCUAUCGAUGAUGAACCAGCUACUGCUUCAUUAUUAUUACAUGUUUUAGUUGCUCAAAAAUUAAAGAAACCUUUAGAUGCUAUUCCAAUGUCUAAAGCUAUUAAAGAUUUAGUUAAUGGUAAAUCAACUGUUCAAAAUGAAAUUUUAGGUGAUUUAGGUAAAGAAUUUGGUUCAACCCCUGAAAAACCAGAAGAAACUCCAUUAACUGAAUUAGCCGAACAAUUCCAAGAUACUUUCAAUGGUCAAUUAGGUAAAACUUCAACUGGUUUAAUUGGUAGAUUAAUGGCAUCUAAAAUGCCUGGUGGAUUUUCUGUUACCAAUGCUAGAAAAUAUCUUAAUACUAGAUAUGGUUUCGGUACUGGUAGACAAGAUUCUACUUUAUUAUUGGCUUUAGUUAAUGAACCAGCUGCUAGAUUGGGUGGUGAAAAUGAUGCUAAAGCAUUUUUCGAUACUUUAGCUCAAAAACAUGCUUCAAUGACUGGUAUUUCAUUAUCAUCAGGAGGUGAUUCAGGUUCAGGUGCUGGAGGUGCCGGAGGUGCUGUUGUUGAUAGUGCAGCUUUAGAUGCCAUCACUUUAGAAAACAGAACUUUAGCUAAACAACAAUUAGAAACUUUAGCAAGAUAUUUAAAAGUUGAUUUAAAUAAAGGUGCUAAAUCUUUCAUUAAAGAAAAGGAAGCUUCAGGUGUUUUACAAAAAGAAUUAGAUUUAUGGGAAGAAGAACAUGGAGAAUUUUAUGCUAAAGGUAUUAAACCAAUUUUCUCUGCUUUAAAAUCAAGAACUUAUGAUUCUUAUUGGAAUUGGGCUAGACAAGAUGUUUUAUCAAUGUAUUUUGAUAUUAUUUUUGGUAAAUUAACUUCUUUAGAUAGAGAAACCAUCAAUCAAUGUAUCCAAAUUAUGAAUAGAUCAAACCCAACUUUGAUCAAAUUCAUGCAAUAUCAUAUUGAUCAUACCCCAGAAUAUAAAGGUGAAACUUAUCAAUUAGCUAAGAAAUUAGGUCAACAAUUAAUUGAUAAUUGUAUCCAAGUCUUAGAUGUUGAUCCAGCUUAUAAAGAUGUUAGUAAAAUCACCAAACCAUCAACCAAAAUUGAUUCAAAAGGUAAUAUUGUUUAUGAAGAAGUUGAAAAAUUAUCUGUUAGAAAAUUCGAACAAUAUGUUUUUGAAAUGGCUCAAGGUGGUGAAUUAACCAAACAAAAUGCUAAACCAACCAUUCAAGAAGAUUUAGCCAGAGUUUAUAAAUCCAUUAUUAAACAACAAUCAUUAUCAAAGAACACUAAAGUUGAUGUUCAACAAUUAUAUGAACAAUUGGUUAAUUAUAUUGAUAAUUCCAAUGAAAUCAAUCAAAGAGCUGUUGCUACUGGUACUACAACCCCAAUUGAUGAAGAACCUGAAGAAUUAGAAUUCAAUUCUGCUAGUUCAGAUGAUGAAAUUGCUUCAUUACCUGAUAAGACUUCAAUUUUACAACCAGUUUCUUCAAUUAUUUCUCCAACUACUAUUCCAUUCUUAAAUAUUCAAAGAAUGUCAAAACACGGUUGGGAAUAUGAUAACAAAUUAUCAUCUAUUUAUUUAGAUGGUUUGGAAUCAAGUGCCGUUAAUGGUUUAACUUUCAAAGGUAAAGAAAUCUUAGUUACUGGUGCAGGUGCUGGAUCAAUUGGUGCUGAAGUUUUACAAGGUUUAAUCAGUGGUGGUGCCAAAGUUAUUGUUACUACUUCAAGAUUUUCAAGAAAAACUACUGAAUAUUAUCAAACCAUGUAUUCAAGAUAUGGUUCAGCUGGUUCUACUUUAAUUGUUGUUCCAUUCAAUCAAGGUUCAGUUCAAGAUGUUAAUGCUUUAAUUGAUUAUAUUUAUGAUGAUGCUAAACAAGGAGGUCUUGGAUGGGAUUUAGAUGCUAUUAUUCCAUUUGCUGCUAUUCCAGAAAAUGGUAAUGGUUUAGAUAACAUUGACUCAAGAUCAGAAUUAGCUCAUAGGAUUAUGUUAACUAAUUUAUUAAGAUUAUUAGGUAGAGUUAAAACCAGAAAAUUAACUGAAACUAGACCAGCUCAAGUUAUUUUACCAUUAUCACCAAAUCAUGGUACUUUCGGUUAUGAUGGUUUAUACUCUGAAUCUAAAAUUGCUUUAGAAACUUUAUUCAACAGAUGGUAUUCUGAAGAUUGGGCUACUAAAUUAACUAUUUGUGGUACUGUUAUUGGUUGGACUAGAGGUACUGGUUUAAUGAGUGCUAAUAACAUCAUCGCUGAAGGUAUUGAAAAAGUUGGUGUUAGAACUUUCAGUCAAAGAGAAAUGGCUUUCAAUAUCUUAGGUUUAUUGACUCCACAAAUUAUUCAAGUUUGUCAAGAAGAACCAAUUAUGGCUGACUUGAAUGGUGGUUUACAAAACAUCGAAAACUUGAAAGAAUUCACUUCUAAAUUGAGAUCUGAUUUAAUUGAUUCAGCUGAUGUUAAAAGAUCAGUUGCUAUUGAAUCAAGUAUUGAACAAAAAAUCGUUCAUGGUGAAAAUGUUGAUUCUAACUAUGCUAAAGUUAUGGUUAAACCAAGAUCUAACAUGAAAUUCGAUUUCCCAGGCUUAAAAUCAUACAAAGAAUUGAAGACCAUUGCUCCAGAUUUAGAAGGUAUGUUAGAUUUAGAAAGUAUUGUUGUUAUUACUGGUUUCUCUGAAGUUGGUCCUUGGGGUAAUUCAAGAACUAGAUGGGAAAUGGAAUCUAAAGGAGAAUUUUCCAUCGAAGGUGCUAUUGAAAUGGCUUGGAUUAUGGGAUUAAUCAAAUACCACAAUGGUAACAUUAAGGGUAAACCUUAUAGUGGAUGGGUUGAUGCCAAAACUCAACAACCUGUUGAUGAUGCUGAAAUCAAAUCUAAAUAUGAAGAACAUAUCAUUGAACAUGCUGGUAUAAGAUUAGUUGAACCAGAGUUAUUCGGAGGUUAUGAUCCAAAUAAGAAGAAAUUGAUUCAAGAAAUUGUUGUUCAACAUGAUUUAGAACCUUUUGAAGGUUCUAAAGAAGUUGCUGAACAAUAUAAACGUCAACAUGGUGAAAAAUGUGAAAUCUUUGAAGAUGAAGAAUCAGGAGAAUUCUCUAUCAGAAUCUUAAAAGGUGCCACUUUAUACAUUCCAAAAGCUUUAAGAUUUGAUAGAUUAGUCGCUGGUCAAAUCCCAACUGGUUGGAAUGCUAAAACUUACGGUAUUGAUGAUGAUAUUAUCAAUCAAGUUGAUCCUGUCACUUUAUAUGCUUUAGUUUCUACUGUUGAAGCUUUAUUAGCUUCAGGUGUUACUGAUCCUUAUGAAUUCUAUAAAUAUGUUCACGUUUCCGAAUUAGGUAACUGUAUCGGUUCCGGUAUGGGUGGUAUUAGUGCCUUAAAAGGUAUGUUCAGAGAUAGAUUUGAAGAUAAACCUGUUCAAAUGGAUAUCUUACAAGAAUCUUUCAUUAAUACUAUGCCAGCUUGGAUUAAUAUGUUGUUAUUAUCAUCAUCAGGUCCUAUUAGAACUCCGGUUGGUGCUUGUGCUACUGCUAUUGAAUCUGUUGAAUUAGGUAUUGAAACCAUUUUAUCUAAGAAAGCUAAGAUUUGUAUGGUUGGUGGUUUAGAUGAUUUCCAAGAAGACAGUUCAGCUGAAUUCGGUAAUAUGAAUGCUACUUCUAAUACUUAUGAUGAAUUUGAUCAUGGUAGAACUCCAGCUGAAAUGUCAAGACCAACUACCACCACUAGAUCAGGUUUCAUGGAAUCUCAAGGUUCAGGUACUCAAGUUAUUAUGAGUGCUGAUUUAGCCAUUAAAAUGGGUGUUCCAAUUUACGGGGUUUUAGCUAUGUCAGCUACUGCUUCUGAUAAAAUUGGUAAAUCAGUUCCAGCUCCAGGUAAAGGUAUUUUGACUACUGCCAGAGAAUAUCACGGUGAUUUGAAAUAUCCUUCAUCUAAAUUGAACAUCAAAUACAGAGCUAGACAAUUAAAACAAAGAUUACAACAAAUUGAAUCUUGGAGAGAUAGUGAAUUUGAAUUCUUACAUGAAGAAGCUGAUUUAGCUAAAGAAGAAUAUGGUAGUGAAUUCUCAGUUGAAGAUUUCUUAGCUGAAAGAACUGAAGAAAUCUCAAGAGAAGCUAAGAGACAAAUUAGUGAAGCCAAGAGACAAUGGGGUAACGAAUUCUAUAAAGGUGACCCAAGAAUUGCUCCAUUAAGAGGAGCUUUAGCUACUUUUGGUUUAACUAUCGAUGAUUUAGGUGUUGCUUCAUUCCAUGGUACUUCAACUAAGGCCAAUGAUAAGAAUGAAACUUUAACUGUUCAUUCAAUGAUGAAACAUUUAGGUAGAACUGAAGGUAACCCAGUUUUCGGUGUUUUCCAAAAAUUCUUAACUGGUCAUCCAAAAGGUGCUGCUGGUGCUUGGAUGUUAAAUGGUGCUCUUCAAAUUUUACAAACUGGUAUUGUUCCAGGUAAUAGAAAUGCUGAUAAUAUCGAUAAAGUAUUAGAAGAUUUCGAUUACGUUUUAUUCCCAUCAAGAUCAAUUCAAACCGAUGGUAUUAAAGCUGUUUCAGUUACUUCAUUCGGUUUCGGUCAAAAAGGUGCUCAAUCUAUUGUUGUUCAUCCAGAUUACUUAUUUGCUGUUCUUGACCAAACUUCUUAUGAAGAUUAUGCUGUUAAAGUUGCUAGUCGUCAUAAAAAGACUUACAGAUACAUGCAUAAUGCUAUUACUAGAAACACUAUGUUUGUUCAAAAAAAUAAUGCUCCUUAUGCUGAUGAAUUAGAAAAAGUUGUUUACUUAGAUCCUUUAGCUCGUGUUGAAGAAGGUAAAGAAUUCAAAUUUUCCAAGAAAUCAAUUCAAUCACCAAAUUAUGUUAGUAAAUCAACUGCUGCUACUGCCAAAGCUUUAGCUGGAUUAAAUAAAUCAAGUAAAGGUGUUGGUGUUGAUGUUGAAUUAUUAACUGAAUUAAACUUAGAUAACGAAACUUUCAUUGAAAGAAAUUUUACUAAGAGUGAACAAGAAUAUUGUUUCAAAUCAGCUAAUCCUCAAGCUUCAUUCACUGGUACUUGGUCAGCUAAAGAAGCUACUUUCAAAGCUUUGGGAGUUAAAUCUCAAGGAGCCGGAGCUUCAUUAAUUGAUAUUGAAAUCAUUAGAGAUUCUAAUGGUGCACCAAAAGUUCAAUUAUUAGGUAAAGCUCAAGAAGCCGCAACCAAAGCUGGAGUUAAAAAUGUUAAUGUUUCAAUUUCUCAUGAUGAUUUCCAAGCUACUGCUGUUGCUUUAAGUGAAUUUUAA